UCCAUUUCAGAGCCCCCGCCUUGAAUCCUGGAAGCCCUGGUGAAGUUUCAUGUGCUGGUAGCUCAGUGUCCUCUCCAUCUUCACGCCGUCUGCAGCUUUGGACGAGUUGCCGUCUCUUCCCUCCCCUCACCUGUCAGGAUGUUCAUGCACUGGGAGGUUUUUUAUUACAUUUUCAUUCUCCUGACUCACAUGAGGUCCACCUGCUGCUGGUCAGUGAAUAAUUUCUUGAUGACUGGACCCAAGGCAUACCUGAUCUACUCAAGCAGCGUGGCAGCAGGAGCUCAGAGUGGCAUAGAGGAGUGCAAAUACCAGUUUGCAUGGGACCGCUGGAACUGCCCCGAGCGAGCACUGCAGCUAUCCACACACAGCAGCCUGCGCAGUGCAAAUCGAGAGACAGCGUUUGUCCACGCCAUCAGCUCGGCUGGCGUUAUGUACACCCUAACCCGGAACUGCAGCCUUGGAGACUUUGAUAACUGCGGCUGUGAUGACAGCAGAAAUGGACAACGAGGUGGUCACGGGUGGCUCUGGGGUGGCUGCAGUGACAAUGUUGGCUUUGGUGAGGCCAUCUCCAAACAGUUUGUUGAUGCCUUGGAGACUGGGCAGGAUGCACGGGCAGCCAUGAAUCUCCAUAACAAUGAGGCUGGGCGCAAGGCUGUGAAGGGAACCAUGCAGAGGACAUGCAAGUGCCAUGGCGUGUCAGGAAGCUGCACAACUCAGACCUGCUGGCUGCAGCUGCCAGAGUUCAGAGAGGUGGGGAACUACUUGAAGGAGAAGUACCACAGGGCGCUGAAAGUAGACCUUCUGAGAGGAGCGGGGAACAGCGCGGCCAGCAAGGGGGCCAUCGCCGAGACCUUUAGUUCCAUCUCCCGUAAGGAGCUGGUCCACCUCGAGGACUCUCCCGAUUACUGCCUGGAAAAUCGCACUCUGGGUUUGCCUGGAACUGAGGGCCGCGAGUGCCUAAAGAAAGGCAAGAACUUGAGCAAAUGGGAGAAGCGAAGCUGCAAGAGACUAUGUGGGGAGUGCGGCCUGGCUGUGGAGGAGCGUAAGGCUGAGAUGGUGUCGAGUUGUAAUUGUAAAUUUCACUGGUGCUGUGCGGUAAAGUGCGAGCAGUGCAGAAAAACAGUGACCAAGUACUUUUGUGUGAAAAAAGGAGGUCAGAGGGGAAGAAGCGAGAGCGCCGGUAGCCGCAGGAAGAACCUCAGACUGAGGAAGAAACACUGAGCAUCUUAAUGAUUUCUUGCAGCUCCCCGGCAGAUUCUUUGUCAGAUAGUUUGUUUUGGAUAAAAUGAUGAUCUCAGACCGUCGUCAGUGUCCACAGUGUUUUAAAAGUAAACAGAACGGGAUGUGUAUAAAGCCACAAGAUAGAGGAGAUGAGAAGGGUUUUAACAAAUUUAUAGAUGGUUAGGAAUAAAUGUAUUUAAGAUAUAUUUUUUUAUAUUUUUUACAACAUCUUGAAAAGUCACUGGGCAUUCGAAGAGUUUUUAUCUGCUUUCAAAAUUCUCCACAACUUCAUGUAUUUAUUUUCAUGCAGAUACAGAAUAUUAAAAGUUGAAUGGUAGAUGUGGCUAUUGUGGCAUAAAUAACUUUUAUAUAUAUAUUUAUAUAUAUAUGAACCUGUCAGUAAUCUUUGUAUAUAAAACACCCAUCAGUGUCAAGUUUUGAAUUUUCUCUCCUGUCAUUUGGCUCAUUGUGACCUUUGCUCCCCCUCUUCAUGUAUUUAAUUGUACAUAAAAUGAAGCACUUUGUACUGUACAUUGUUAAUUUAUUGCAAAGCAUUACCUAGUUUUGCUGUAUUGUUAGUUUCCUUUGUGGUUUGUUUACUAUUAAAAUACCAUAAAAGAAUAAUAAAUCCGUCAACCCUGUCUAUCAUUCAGCCUGGAGAAAGUACUCAUCCUUCUUUAACACACUCUUUGUGACAGUAAUACCCUGCCGUUUGGAGUAAACACAGCAUUACGCUUCGCAUUCCUCCCACUGGGGUUCGGAUACCAACGAGAAUAGAAAAUUUUCCAGCAUACUCUUCCUUCCAUCACGCCUUUCUCAAUUUCGCCUCAACAAAUACCUCCCAUUCUCUCCCUCAUCAUGGUAAUCCUCAAAGAGCCCCCUAACUCCUGAGCGCUUGGAAGUUUCUUCACUGUUUAAUACUAGUUUAAUUAACUUUGUCCAGACAGAGUAGGACCAUGGGGGUGGAGGGCAUGAGGCAAGUUGCCCUUAAAAAUCAUCCCGCCUCUAAUUUUGUAUGCUAAUCUCCUUUUUCACGCCGCACCUCCUUAGGAGUGGGGGAAAGAAAUGUUGGGAAAACUUUGGGCUAGCUGUGCAAGGCUUCCUGUGGCUGUUUUAUUUCUGGGCCCACCUAUUUGGAUCCUUUCACUCCUCUAGGGCCUGCCUUUGCUCGAUUUAACAAUGAAUGCAGAGCUAAUCAGCUCUCUCGGAAAUGCACCACUGUCGAGGAAGGUAAUCCCUUCUUCUCCACUCUCAAUGGGCUGUCGCCUUCUAAAGGACUUUGGGAAAAGGCUUUGCACAGAUUCACACUGUUCGCU